UCCGCGAGUUUGCGCCACCUCGCUUGUUGCCUUUGGCCAGCGCCCGAGGGCUGCCCGGCCACUAUGGCGUGCCCGUCGUCGACGUGCCGGCCGUCGCCGGACCAGCUGAACCUGCUGCGGCACCCGCGGUCCUUCGCCUUCGGCGGCGAGAUGUGGCGGCACCAGCGCCUCGCCGCGUCGCGGCGCAAGCGCGUGGCCUUUGGCCAGCGGCUCUACAACGUCAACGAGGCCAUGGAGCAGGACGACGACGACGACGUGUCGAACGAGGCGCCGCCGCGGGGCCUCGCCGCGAGCGCGAGCGCGCCGGGCCUGCUCCAGGGCGGGCCGGGCCCCGUCGCGCGGCGCCGCGCGACGCGGGGGUCGCGCGCGAAGAAGGGCGGCGGCGGCGCGCCGGGGUCGCGCGAGCGCGGCGGCGGCGGCAGCGGCAUCGGCGCGCUCCAGUUCCGGGGCGCCUUCGAGGCGACGGACGCCGCCGGCGACUUCGACGAGAAGUUCUCCAAGCUCGCGAACACGCGGCUCCACUUCGGCGCGUCCAUCGCGCUCCAGUCUCUGGUGACGAACGACGUCGUCACCGUCAAGAACUCGAGCGACGCCAAGGUCGACGGCACGGUCGUCGCGUCGCCCUGCGCCGACAUCGAGGCGAGGGACGUGGCGCUCCUCAAGAUGAUCGAGAUGGAGGACCCGGGCUCCUACAAAGGGGUCCGGUUUGGCGACGACGUCUGGCUCCAGAUCUUCGGCGGCACGGGCGAGCCGUCGUGGAAGAACGGCUCCGUCGUCGGCGCCAAGGUCCACACGGCGACGAAGCUGCCGACCGUGCCCCUGGACCCGACGCAGGCCAAGUACCGCGUGGAGGCCGACGCGCCCGCGAGCCCCGCGAGCCACGGCUCGCCCGGCGGCUUCCCCGGCGCCGGCGGCGACCCCGGCAGCCCGACGCCCAACUCCCACGCCUCCGUCAAGCUCGGCGCGCCGACGCCCGUGCGCGCGACGCUGCCCAAGGGCAAGGACGACGCCGCGUGGUCCUUCCACGAGAUGCGCAUGCGCAACGUCGCCGCGCUCACGCUCGGCCGCUGGCGCAUCAUGCCCGCGACGGAGGAGCUCGCCAAGGCGGCGACCAAGCGCGGGGGCUACGUCUGCAACUUCGACCACGUCUACCUCGAGCAGGACUUCUUCUACAUGUGCCACGACGCGACGGCCGCGCCGCUCACGUUCCACCGGACGCCCGCCGAGGGCGAGUCGACGGCGGGCUACAAGGUCGAGCGCCGGGGCAUCUGGAAGCUCCGCGUCGCCGAGGCGUCGACGAACCUGCGGGAGAUGUCCAAGGGCGAGCAGCGGUCCGAGAUGCUCAUGGACCGCGCGCGCAAGUGCCUCGCGCUCAGCGACGCGAACCGCUACGGCCGGCGGCGCUACCGCAGCGACACGGGCGAGGUCGAGCGGCCGGGCGCCGUCGUCGACGCCGACGCCGACAGCCACAUCUCCGGGGGCAUCGGCUUCUCCACCGUGCUCCGGGAGAGCGUCUUCGACGGCGAGCGACAAGAGGAGGCGCACGCGCUCCGGCCGCACCGCGCGAAGGAGCGGCGGCCCCACGAGUACUUCCUGGACAAGUUCCCGCGCAUCGGCCCCGGCGCCGAGCCCCCGGAGCGGCCGCCGAAGGUGUCCGGCGGCGGGUCCGUGUGCUCCGCGUCGCGCGCGUCGCGGCGCGGCCGCGGCCGCGACGGCGGCGACGCGGCCGCGACGGUGGCCGCGUCCCUCAGCAGCCGCGGCGGGUCGUCGUCGCAGCGGCGGCGCCUCGGGUCCCUGAGCACGGCGUUGUCGUCCAUCACCUACGGCCCGGAGUGGCACGUGCCCAAGGCGGACCUGCUCAUCAACCGGCAGACGACGACGUCGAAGAUCCGCUUCCCGCCGCCGUCGCAGCGGAAGCGGCCCGCGGCGGCCUUCGACGCCGACGCCGCGGCGGCGGCCAAGGCGCGGGACCACGACGGCGCCACGGUCGUGUCCCAGCUGACCGCGGACACGCACGACGGUUUUCCCCGGUUCCGCGACUACGCGUCUUUGGACAACGUGUCCGAGACGCAGCAGCGCAAGAGCCGCCUCCUGGGCGCGGCGGCGUCCUGGUCCUACAGUCUGGGCGACGAGGACCGGACGGUGGCCGAGGUCGCGGCGAACGCGAACCUGUCCGCGCGGAACGCGAUCCAGACGCUGAGCUCCGUCUGGUCCGACGCGGGGUCGCACCAGGGCAGCGACGGCGGCAGCCACGGCACGCACGGGAGCUCCCUCGCGGGCCACCGCCGCCGCCACCACCACCACCGCGGCGCCGGCGCGCCGCUCAGCGACGUGUCCGCGUCCGACGACGACCACGAGUCGGGGCUCAGCGACCUCGAGGAGCCGGAGCACGCGGACAUCCCGUCGCCCCACAAGCUCGCCAUGCAGGACGACGAGGAGGAGGACACGGAGCGGCUGGCCCUCGAGGCCAUCGACGCGUGGCACAAGAAGUGGACGCACCGCCUCUCCACGGACGGCCGGUCCGGCGGGCCCGUCGUCGACCGCCUCGAGGGCGAGGACGUCUUCCUCGCCCACAACAUCGACUACCUCAAGCGGCGCCACCGCUUCAAGACCAUGUUCGCGAAAUUGCAGAUCGACUCGUCCGCGGACCAGGUCAUCUACGGGAAGAAGGCCAAGGCGAAGGACGGCGCGUCGAGGGACUUGCUCGAGGACCCGCCGGCGGACAUGGCCGUCUUCGAGGAAGAAGAGUCCCUGGGCGCCUUCAUGGGCGACGGCGCCCUGCUCAAGGAGAUGACGCUGUCGACCCUGGGGUUGCUGCGGGACUCGGUAGCGAACAACCUCAACGCGGCCGUGCAGAAGCGGACGGAGGAGGCGGAGCUCGCGCGCGUCGCCUGCGAGGCCGCCGUGCUCGUCGUCACCUUCUCGGAGAUGGUCGUCGCGCCGCGCAUGCGCUUCGUCGCCGUGCGCCUCCGGGACCACCUGUUCGGCGCCGCGAACAUGGCGCCCGACGACGCGUCCGACGUCGCGGACGAGGAUUUGGCGUCGACGGUCUCCGCCGCCGCCGCGGGGGCGCUCUCCGUCGACGCCUUGCUCAAGCACGCGAAGAAGCUCCACAGCGAGAUCAUGCUCUUCUGCACCCACGUGGCCCGCGUCUACGCGCCCAAGGACGACAAGCGGCGGAAGACGCGCCGCGGCUCCUCGACGAAGCGCAUGACGCGCCGCCAGUCCUCCGCCAAGGACGGGCCGGGCUCCGGCGCCUCGACGUCCUCCCGCACCUUCGACACGCACACCGCGUCCACCGCGACACCGGGUGGCUCGCCCGGCGCGUCGGCGUCGUCGACCUCGUCGCAGAGCGCCGCGCCGCCGUCGCCGCUCAAGGCGGCGCGGCGGCCGGCCCCGUUCUCGACGAGCUUCCUGAGCCUCGUGAGCGCGACGCUCGGCGGCCCGUCGGUGGACGAGUUCGGCGUCGGCGCGCGCGUCUGGGUGGCCCACGCCGACGGGUCCGCGACCUCCGCGACGGUGCUGGCGGCGCCGCAGCCGCGGUCCGGCCGGUGCGUCGUCCGCGAGGACGGCCGCGCGCCCGCGCAGUACCACGCGUCGCAGCUCUCCGCCGCGGCGCCGGCGCGCCGCGACGACCGCGCGGGCAUCGGGGCGCUCGCCGAGGGCGACCGGUGCCUGCUGCGGUCCGCGUCCGAGGGCGACGCGCCGCAGCCGUGCGUCGUCGUGAGCCGGCCGAACGGCCAGGGCCGGUGCGUCGUCCGCGUCGCGCGGGGCUACGCCGGCGGCGCGGACCGCGCGUGCCGGCUCGUCCACGCGGGCCAGCUCGAGCUCGUCGACGGCUCCUUCCUCGACGACGUGUCGCGCGAGCUCGCGCCCGGUUUGCUCUUCGGCGAGUGCCGCGCGUACCCGGAAGCGGCCGCGAAGGACGCGGCGGACGCGACGGAGGACUGCAAGGAGGCGCCGCCGCCGAGGUACGCGCCGGCCGACGACCCGGACUACGGCCCAUACUACCGCAUGCUCAAGGUCGGCGCGCCGCCCGCGGCGAUCGCGCAGAAGAUGGCGCGCGACGGCAGGGACGCGCGGCGCAUCGAAGCGACGGAGCCCUUCUUCGUCGAGGGCUCCGGCGGGGCCCCGGCGGCGGCCGCGGGCGCCCCGGGCGGCUCCGUCGCCGCGCUCUUCGGCGGCGGCGGCGGCGGGCUGCCGGCGCCGAAGCGCGCGCCGAAGCGGCGGCUGACCGUGAAGCAGCUGCCGCUCGACUUCCACGCGGCGGUGGGCGAGGACUCGAUCUGGGCCGACGUCCACGCGCUCAACGGCAUCGAGGUGCACCGGCCCGAGCUCGAGAAGCUCUUCGUCAAGGCCGCCGCGGACAAGAAGGACGCGCCGAAGGCGCGGAAGGCCGUCAAAAAAGUCAAGGACGGCGCGCGCGUCGUCGUGUUGAAUCCGAAGCGGUCGACGAACGUCGCCAUCGCCCUCUCGGGCUCGAAGCUCACGGCGCUGGCACCCGCGGUCGUCGCGGCGGCUUUGGAGCGCCUCGACGCGGCCGCGUUCACGCGGACGCAGCUCGACGCGCUCGACGCGGCCGCGCCGCAGGCCGACGAGGUCGCGUCGUUGGAAAAGUGCGCCGCCGGCGACGACGACUUCGGGCGCUACGCCGAGGCGGAGCGCUUCAUGUGCCGCGUGGCCCUGCCCAUGGGGGCGCGGCUCUACGCGGACCGCGUCGCCGCGCUGCGGUACCGGGGCGGCUUCGACGACCGCGCGGCGGCGCUCCGCGGCGCCGCGUCCCGACUCCGCGCGGGCUGCGCGGAGGUCACGGCGUCGCCGAGCCUGAAGAAGCUCCUGACCUACGUGCUGCGCCUCUCCUCGGAGCUCGCGGACGCGAAGCGCUUCGAGUUCGGGAGCCCCGGCGGCGCGGGCGCCGACGGCGGCGACGACCGCGCGGGCGCCGCGGGCUUCAAGAUGGCGAGCCUGCUCAAGCUCGCGGACACGAAGGCCUUCGACCGCGAGACGUCGGCCCUCGAGUACCUCGUGGGCCUCAUGAUGCGCAACGGCGACGACGACGCGCUGGCCUUUGCGGACGAGCUCCCCGGGCUGGCCGCGGCCGCGCGCGCGUCGCCGCGCCACGCGGCCCAGGAGCUCCAGAGCCUGAAAUUCGGCCUCGCCAAGGUCGACGCGCUCCGGCGGAGCGGGGACGAACCGGCGGCGGACGGCCCGGAGGCGGCGGCGGAGGCGGCGGCGGCGGGCGCGCCGGCGCCGGCGGCGCUCGCGCGGCGGCCGUCGGCGGACGACGCGGCGGCGGCCGUCGCGCACUUCCACGACAUGGCGUCGAGCGUGCUCCGGGAGCUGGCGUUGGACGUCGAGGCCGCGGCCGAGGCCUUUCUCGACACGCUCGCCUACUUCCACGAGGACGGCGGGCAGACGCCCGCGGAGUUCUUCAGCACCCUGGUCGCGUUCGCGGCGAAAUUCGCCGAGGCGAAGCAGCGCCUCGCGCUCCGCGAGCGCGUCGACCGGCGCCGCGAGCGCGCCGAGGAGUCGCGCGUGUCGCGGAGCUCGACGAUCCAGGAGAAGCUCCGGCGCCGCGCGUCCGCGCCCGCGCUCGCGCCGCCGGAGCCGGACCGGCCGCGGCCGCGGCCGCGCGCGGCGACGGCGAAGAAGCGCUGCUCGUCGGCGAACGCGCUCCACGCCGCGGCCAUCGAGGCCAUGCUCCUGAGCCGGCGCGCCGACACGCCGCCGCCCUUGCCGCCCGCGGCGCCGCUCUCGCCCAUCGCGGCGUCGGACGUCGGCUCCGACGGAGGCGCGACGCCCAAGGGCCGGAAGACCGUCGAGGCGCCCUUCUCCGAGGGCGCGGCCACGCCCUUCUCGGACUGCGCGGCGGCGCCCUUCUCCGAGGGCGCGGCCACGCCCUUCUCGGACUGCGCGGCGGCGACGCCCGUCGCCCCGGCGUCCGCGGACGCCGGCGCGACGCCCGUCGUCACGGCGUCGACGUCGAGCGGCGGCCCGGCGUCGCCGCUCGACGCGCCGGCGCCGGAGGACGUCGACACGCCGCCGCCGCCGCCGCCGCGGCUCGCGCCGCGGAGCAGCACGCACUCGGCCGUCGAGUCCGAGUUCUCCUGCGACGACGAGGACCUCGCGGAGCUCCGGGACCUGGCGCUCUACUAAGUCCGGCACGUU